CGUUCUUUAUGAAGAGACACAGCACAACGCCACAACCACCUCUCUCUCUCACGUUAAUGGAUAACAAAGACCACCAUUCGUCAUCUUCAACCCUCAAGAAUCCACACCCACUAUGCAAUUUAGACACCGAGUCCUCACAAAUCCACGUACAAACCGCCGCCCUGAAGCGAAAGGCCGGGCGAAAGAAGUUUCAGGAGACACGUCAUCCCGUUUACAAAGGCGUUCGGCGUAGAAAUGGAAAGUGGGUGUGCGAGCUUCGCGAGCCAAACAAGAAGACUCGUAUAUGGCUGGGGACUUUCUCACGCCCUGAAAUGGCGGCUAGGGCUCAUGAUGCUGCAGUUUUGGCUCUUAGAGGUGAAUCUGCUUUCUUAAAUUUCCCAGAGACUGCACGUGCGUUGCCACGUGCAAAGUCAGACAACAUUCAGGAUAUUCAAUAUGCUGCAAUGGAGGCUGCGGGAGCAUAUGGUAAUGAGAAGUCGUAUUGUUCUUCAUCUUCGUCAUCAUCGUGCGUGAUGGAGAAUUCUGAGGUUUAUGUUGAUGAAGAAGAGGUGUUUAAUAUGCCUGGUAUAAUUGAUGGCAUGGCGGAAGCUCUGAUUCUUACACCGCCAGCUUUGAAGAAAGGGUUCAAAUGGGAUGAUGUGGAGGAUACUGUGGACUUGACUUUGUGGAGUGAUUAAUUCUGAAAUGUUUUUGUGUUGACUUCAAACCCUAUUUUGAUGGUUAUAACAAUUAUUAUAGAUGAUUGUAAAAAUAGUCUGAAUGGACUACAUCAAUUACUCCAAGAACAUCUUUAUAUGGGUCAAUUUAUAUUUACACGCGUAGGUGAGUAAUUGUAAAGAGCAACUAUAUUGAAAUUUUAGUAAGCCUAAUUAAGAUCCAAAAUGUCAAUAAACAGGUGAAAAAUCAUAUCUAUCUAUCUAUCUAUCUAAUUAGGUUU